CUCUUAUUAUUGCAUGUAUGCUACAGAAACAGAAUAAACAUUUACCUAAUUAUUUCAUUCAAUAGUCAACGUUUGUGUCGUGCUGUUACCUGGCAGCUUUGAUGCAUAAGCAAGCUAUUGAUGCGUAUAUGCGGCAUAUAUCAUAUUCAACAUUUACUUCUAUUAGUUCAUGUAUUUUGAUCGACUAGAUGUACAUGAAAAAAUCGCAUAGAUAAAGUCAAGAACUGAAGAAAAAUAUAUAUUAUUUUUGGAAAAAAAACACUUGGUUUGAAAUAUAAGUCUGAACUUGUUGAACACAAAUUAGAGUAUAGUAUGUUUAUAGAAAAUGAGAGUUGGCGCCAAGGGGUUCUAUAUAUGGAUGGGUUAGCCAUUUCCCACUUAACUCUGCAUUGUAGACCUAUAGAAUUCCACUCCUCCACGGAGAAAAACGAUAUAAAUAAACAAAUUCCACUUCUCCACUGUACACAAAGCAAAAAAGAAAGAAAAGAAAUUUAUUAAAAGGUAGGAGACUUGAGCUUGAAGUUUCGGAAUUGUCACAAUUUUUUUUUUAAUAAUUAAAAACCGAUAUUUUCACUGCAUAAUUUGGGAGAAAAUACGAUCCGGUACACGGACCAUAAACCGGACUUGAGUUUUUUUGUUUUUUUUUCGAACAAAUCUCGGUGAAUAUUGGACUGCUUAUCGGACCUAUCAUUUUUUUUUUCUUCUAGCAGCUUCUACAAAGACAUACCCCUGUAUAGAAAUGAGGAACAAAGAGUUGAGAGGGAACAUUUAAGAGGGUGAUUGAUCUUUUGGUUAGAGAGAGAGAAAUUAGAAGACAGAAGAUGCAGAAAGAGAGCGAUAACAAAAGACAUAGGUGCAAGCUCAUCACUCAAACUGCGAUGGCUUUCCUAGACUGUCUGAAUCUCAGACACUCAUCUUCUUCUUCAGACAUGGUGAAAGCCAAAGCAAGAAAUGAGGCAGAAGUAGCUUCAUCUGUCGAAACUUCCGCUAGGAGUCUAAACGUGUCGAGUAAAUUGACAAGGAAACCGCCGGUGAGCUCAGGGAAAAGAGGUGGAGUUAACAGCUACGACAUGUAGCUACAAGUCUUUUUUUUUUAACUUCGUCACGGUGUAAAAUAGGGUAAUCUUUGUGGACCAGUAACUCUAAAAGAAACUUGAUUUGCGUCUCAAGAUUCAAGAUCAUC